AUGUUAUCCAGUGUAGGAAGGGCAAAGUUAGAGAAUUGUCGUCUACUAAAAUGUGCAUUAUGGGACAUAAGUACUAAUCGGCUAAAGGCCAGUGGACCAUUGACGAGGACAGACAUCUCUUUCAUCCAGAAGGAUUUAUGGACUGAGGAGGAAGACAUAAUCCUGACCGAGAUUCAUGGACAAGUCGAAAACAAAUGUGCAGAAAUCGCGAAAAGUCUCCCUGGAAGAACAGAGAGCUCCGUAAAAAACCACUGGAAUACUACAAAAAGAAGCCGACCAACAAGCAUCAAGGAUUUAAUGACCAUUGAGCUAACGAGCGCAUACUGGUUUGGGCUUUUCGAGGUUUUUGCGCACGGAACCUCGGUUUCUUUGGCCGAGAUGCAUACUGAGAUGAGGCUCCACCGACUGAUGUUUGUUGACCGAGACUAUGAGAGGAGGGUUGUGGCUAGGCCUGGUUCGGGCCCGAGUGUAUAUGUUAGGAAUCAUUUGGAGAAGCAUUACUCGGUCCUGAAUAUUCAGUGCUGA